GAAGGUUGGGAAUAGAGUCUGUCAAUCUGCUAAGAGACUCAGCCAUGCCAGUCUGCCUCCCUGCACUGCUUCUCUUAGUCAGCCUAACUUGGUCAACCACCAAUGGUGUUACAGAUUGGACAUACUGGUUUAAUGUAGACCACCCAGGAGGUGAAGGAGAUUAUGAGACAGUCGAGGCAGUUCGAUUUUAUUACCCAGAUCAUAUGUGUUCACGGCCAAUUGACAUUGAGGCAAGAACAGCAGAAUGGGAAACACCUGAAGACACAAAGGAGGUGGUGCAUUCAAUCGCAGAAAAGGGCUUCUGGUGCAUCAAUAAGGAGCAACAAAGAGGCAGGAACUGCUCCAACUACAUUGUCAGAUUUCUGUGUCCUCCAGAAGGAAAAUGGUCAUCUUGGGGAUCCUGGACCCCCUGCACUAAGACCUGUGGUGGAGGUAUAAGAACCAGACAUCGGACAUGUACCAACAUGAACACACCCUGCGUUGGCCGGCCAUUCCAAGUUUGGAAGUGUCAAAAGAACCCAUGCAAAGUCUGCGGCCACACUAUGGUGGGAAAAGUACUGAAUACCCAAGGGUCCGUCCUACACAAAGCCAAGGUAGCCCUGAAAGACAAACUUCUCGGGUUUACAGAUCUACAUGGCAACUUCAAAAUGCCUAACCUGUGCCUAGAAGGUGCUGUAAAUGUCACCGUAGCUUUGAAUGGCUUCUCUUCUGAGACCUUGCAGACCGUGAAGAAUGACUCAAACAUCUCCUAUUUUGAAGCUAUUUUAAAGAGAAAAGAAAAGCCAUAUAUGGUGGAACAUCCAUACUCCAAGAUCCGGAGGGAAGGACAUAAGGUGACACUCUGCUGUGAGGCCACUGGGAAUCCAAUCCCCACCAAGUAUUACUGGUAUCACAAUGGCACGUUGCUAGAUAGAAACAUAUUCAAAUAUGACAAAAGCUUAACUCUUCGCAGUCUUAAAGCAGCCCAGGCUGGGGCAUACCAUUGCAAAGCAAGUAAUGGACUGGGAGCUAUCAAGUCUUCUAUUGCAAAGUUGACCAUUUUAGGUAAAGGUGAAACUAGCUGUAAGAGAUCACCAGAAGAACACCUUAUAAAGCUUCCUGUUGAUUGCUUUCAAACAAAAACAGGUUCUCACUACUACAAUGUAGGCAAGUGCCCAAAUAAUCAAUGUGUGGGGCAAUUGAGUUCAGAAUUGCUAUGCAAAGACAAGGUAGACUACUGCUGUGGAGUAAAGCGAAUGAAGUUGCAGCAUGUGAGAUGUCCUGGAUAUACCUUACCAAUUAUGGCAGUGGUAGAGUGUGGCUGUGCCCAGUGUAUACAACCCAAGAUUUUGAUAAGAGGAAGGGUAACUUCUUAUGACAAUGGAGAGCCACUAAGGUUUGGAAAGAUUAUAGUAAGUGGAAAAAGCAAGGGCUUUACUGGAUAUAUGGGAGAAUUUACAUUAGAAGUACCAGCUGGAACAAAAAGAUUAGUGGUAACUUUUGUAGAUCCUCAGGAUACAUUUUUGGAGACCAUCAAAGUGUUUCCAUUUGAUCCAAAGGGUAAUACUGUGUUCCAAGAUGUGAAAGUGAUGAGAAAACAUAAGCCAGUUGAUCUGGACCCUACAAUAACAAAUAUAAUUUCUCUUGAGGGAUUUGCAGCACAGGAGCCUAUGGGGGAGAUAGUAAUACCACCUAAUUCUUUUACAAAAGCCAAUGGUGAAGCCUAUUUGGAUGUUGUGAAGGCCAGUGUGACUUUUUUGGAUCCACGGAAUUUUAGUACAGCCUCUGCUGCUUCGAGUGAUCUUAAUUUUGUGAACAGAGAUGGAGAUAUUUCCCCACUACGGACCUAUGGAAUGUUUGCUGUGGACUUUAGAGAACAUGACACUCAUUCCCAGCUGCACACGGGGAAGGUAGAGGUGCGGCUGAAUACAGAGCAAGUUAAGAUGCCCCAACAUCUUGAGAAAAUGAAGCUUUGGUCUUUAAAUCCAAACACUGGAUUAUGGGAAGAGGAAACGGAUUUUAAAAUGCCAGAGGGAAGCAGAAGGAGACGGAGAGAAGAAAGGGCAUUUUUAAUAGGACAAGUAGAAAUACGAGAAAGGCGUCUGUUCAAUCUCGAUGUUCCAGAGUCUCGGAGGUGCUUUGUUAAAGUGCGAGCAUAUAUGAAUGAGAAGUUCAUACCUAAUGAACAAUUAGAGGGAGUAGUGAUAACUCUUAUGAAUCUAGAACCUAUGCCAGGAUUCCCAUCUAACCCAAGAGCCUGGGGGCGUUUUGACAGUGUAAUCACAGGUAGGAAUGGGGCCUGUCUACCAGCUUUCUGUGAUGCUCAACAGCCAGAUGCUUACACUGCUUAUGUUACUGCUACAAUGGGAGGCGAAGAGUUGGAAGCUGCUCCGUCAUCUCCCAAACUUAAUCCCAAUGUAAUUGGUGUAUCUCAACCGUACUUGACCAAGCUCGGUUACCAGCGAACUGACCAUGAAGACUCUGCUGCAAAAAAGACAGCCUUCAAGAUUAACUUAGCCAAACCAAACCCAAACAAUUUUGAAGAGAAUGUUGGCCCACUAUAUCAUUAUCGAAAUCUGCUUGGUUGUGAGGAAGCCCCAGUUUUAGAUAAUCAUUUCAGAUUUUAUCGAGUAGAGGAAGAUAAAUAUGAGUACAAUGUGGUUCCAUUUGAUGAAAGUGACUUGACUUCAUGGACUGGUGGCUAUCUGUCCUGGUGGCCUAAUCCACAAGAAUUUCGAGCAUGCUACUUGAAAGUAAGAGUCCAAGGUCCUCAGGAAUAUAUGGUCCGUUCUCGGAAUAUUGGUGGGAGCCACCCCAGGACUAUAGGUCAACUGUUUGGGUUGAGGGACACCCGGAGUGUUAGAGACCCAGCAGGAGAAAGCAGCUCUGCAGCCUGUGUAGAGUUUAAGUGCAGUGGAAUGCUCUAUGACCAGAGUUUAGUAGAUCGCACACGGGUUAUUGUGACUCCUCAAGGUAGCUGUCGUCUUGUGGAAGUCAACAGGCUUCUAGAAGAGUAUCUUGUACGUCAUCCUCCUAUGGCAAUUGGAAAUGAUACUGGAGAAUUUAAUAUGUUGGCUCCUGUUGACCCCUUAGGUCAUAACUAUGGAAUUUAUACUGUGACUGAUCAGAACCCACGACUGGCUAAAGAAAUUGCAAUUGGACGCUGCUUUGAUGGCACAUCUGAUGGUUUCUCCAGAGAGAUGAAAGCCCUUAAAGGUGUAGCACUAACAUUCCGAUGCCAGGAAAAACCUAUUACUCGAGAGAGUUUUUUCCAGCGCUUGCUUAACAAUCCAGGAGGAACUGUUCGAGAAAUCCAAAGUGCGAUGCUAGAGAAUGAACAACAGAGAGUGCAAGCUGAAAGAGUGCCAUAUCCUUCUACAAAUUCAUCUUCCUCCAGCCGUAUCAAAAGGCCAGUAACGACUCAGAGAAGAGUGAGACAAUUUCAAAAAAACUGAUGUCAUAGCCAAAUAACUAACAAUGGUAGUAACGUCAGUACCCCAGGAUGUACUUGAAAAACAGAGAGAGCUAAAAGUGCCAUUGCUUGUUACAUGAUUCCAUAUUACUAGUAUAAUAAAAACUGUUUCACACAAAUAAUACUAAGUAAAAUCUGUCACUUCACCCUGUGGCUGUAGAAAUAAAGUAAUACAAUUAGAUUCUAAAUGUCAGCAUUAUGUUGCUAGACAUUAACUUGGAAAUGAUUAAUGGAUAACCUAAUGAAAGAAUCAAAACUAUUAUAAUGCUGAAUAACAUUUUGACCUAAAGGGGUUUGACCAAUGAUAUGAUGGAGAUUAUUAUUUUAUAAAAGUGCAUCAAACUUUUAAAAAUGCAGUCGUCACCAUGGAAAUUAGUAGAACCAUUUAAUUGAUUGCUCCACUUUUAAUACUUUGCCCCACUCUUCUCUUAGAAUGCUUUUAUGCAUUUCACCCAAUAUGUCUGAGUAUAUUUGCAUUAAUAUCAAUUUCUAUGUUAGUGGAUUGACGUUGUUAUACUGUAAUUAUACAGAUGAGGCAAAGCUAUGCAAUAAUUAAUAAUCUCGGCAACUCAGAUGUCAUUCGUCCUAUACUAGA